AUGACGUGUUACUAUGGUUAUUCGGACCGUAAUAGGCGUGCUGAAUCAUGGGAUUUGUUGAGAAUGUUGGCGGCAAAAUCGAAUCUCCCGUGGGUGGUGGUGGGGGAUUUUAAUGAUUUGCUAUACCAGUAUGAGAAGAGAUGGGGAAAUCCACAUCCGAAUAGCCUUCUUCGAGGUUUUGGGGAGACGAUUGAGGAUUGUGGAUUGGCCCAGUUGCCAAUGAUUGGAUACCCAUAUACCUGGGAGAAGGGGAAAGGGACUGCAAACUGGAUUGAGGAGAGACUUGAUAAGGUCCUAGUAACGAACGAGUGGCGCAAUAUAAUUCCCCAUGUAAAGGUUAUGAAUUUGAGAACCAGGAAGUCAGAUCAUUCAGCCAUUUUUUUCACAGUUCAGGAGGAGGUAGGGAGGGAUGGGGUUAGAAGAAGGGGUUUUAGGUUUGAGAUGGCAUGGUUAUAUGAUGAGGGAUGUAGGGGUGUGGUGGAGCAGGCGUGGCAGGAAGGGAGAGGGCAGGGUUUACAGGGUUGUGUUCAAUACUGUGGAAACCGGUUAACACGAUGGGGUGGGGAUCGGUUCCAUAAGUAUGGGAAACAGAUUGUGCAGCUGAAACGGGAUCAACAACGUUUGAGAGGAUGCACUGACUCGGCCUCUCUUGUCGAGUUUCAGCGAAUAGAGCAACUUCUGAGUCGCACUGAGGUCGACAAUGAUACGAUGUGA